CACUCUCUUAUGCCCCAUCCCCAGCAACGAAAUCAUAACCCAGAGCAACCUAAAAACAUCCACCACCACCAGCAGCAGCAGCAGCAAUAUAAAAUACACAGAGAGCAAAAGAGACAUAACAGGACCCUGGCAGAAGAAGAAGUAAGUGGAAAAGUAGAGAGGCCAAAAAGUGCUCUCCGCUGUGCUGCUGAUGCUGCUUCCUUCCUUCCUUUGGGCCGCCAUUCACCUUCACCAGUCCAAAAUAUUAACUUUUCUCAUCUUAUCGAGAGGUGGAUAACUGCUUAUCGGGCUCCUUAUCUCCCCCGUGCUGGUUUUGGUGGUGGCGACGACGACGACGGAUGAGAGUGACAGGCGAAAAACACAAGCAGAGUGCUGCUCUAGGAGUUGGGUUUCUAGUGUGUGGCGAUAAAACUGUGUCCAGUCCAGGCUGAGAGGAGGAUGACACUCGAGCAUUUAUAUUUAGAUUGACCAUCCAGUUGUUGACCAUUCAGAGUGGCAGAGCAACUAACUCGUUCCUAUUACUCAUUCCAGAAGGAAGAACAAACGAUAAGGGAGUUAUUGAGUCUGAUAAGCAAAUACAAACAAACAAGAGGCAAGUGGAUUUUUUACUGGAUUGCACUGGGAGGAGUAAGCCAAGUGUCUUCACAAUAAGAUUAGCCUUACACAGUCUGCUGCUAUUUAUACCAACGAGUGACACUUUUGUACGAGUUUUGCAUCCUACAAUCAACGAAAAUGUGACAGUUUUAUAUUGAAGUGGAAGAACUUAGUUCGUAUUUAGCAAAAUGUCGUAGAAGCGAAGAGAUAGAUAUUAAAAGUGCAAUAUUAUUAAGUAGUGAAAAUGGGGAGCGACUAGUAGUAGAAAAAAUACUACAACAACAAGUGCAGCGAAUUUGAACCGUUUUAUAUUGUUGUAUUUUAGUGGAAAGAAAAACUACCAAAAUUUUGGUAACGUUGAUGAUUUGAUUGUUGAGUGUGUUGAGAGGAGAUACAUCAUUACCAUCGUCAUCAUCACCUGACCAUUGACGACGAUCUCGAGUCGUUAUGGGAGGGCGAUGGAUGAUGUGUUGGGCGUUUUUGACGACUUCUCUCUUCGUGGGGUUGUCGGUCGCAGGAGGAUCUCAUGUCGUCACAACCUUUUCCGACUCUUCGGGAGGCAACAGUACGAUAAAUAAUCACAUGGUGGUGCACAAAGAGACGGGGAUCAUUUUCGUGGGUGCGGUCAAUCGAAUUUACCAACUGGACCCGAACCUUCGUCUCAUCGCGAUGAACAAGACGGGUCCUGCUGAGGACUCUGUGGACUGCUCAGGAUUUCGAGAUUGUCCCGAAAAGGCGCAAACUCGCUCCACAAACAAUGUUAACAAGGCUCUUGUCGUAGAUUAUUCGAGAGCGCGUCUCAUAUCUUGUGGCAGUUUGUACCAAGGGGUCUGCUGGAUUAUGAGUCUGGAUAAUGUGUCGAAUUCGGACUCGGAGUUUGUCAGCGAGCCAAUCGUCGCAAAUAAUGACACGGCCAGCACGGUAGCAUUUAUUGCUCCAGGACCACCGACCCCACCAACAUCGACGGUGCUGUACGUUGGAGUGACCUACACGGGUAACUCCCUGUAUCGAAAUGAAAUCCCUGCCGUGUCCAGCCGCAGUUUAAGACCCCCAGACAACUUUGGCAUUGUGACGACCAGCGUGUCCUCCGGAACCAAGAUGCACAUUAGCAAUCGCGACCAGUAUCCAAUCAACUAUGUGUAUGGAUUCAGUUCUGAGGGGUUCUCCUAUUUUAUCACCACCCAGAAGAAGGAGACCGGUCCAAACUGGCCAUUCAUUUCGAAGCUUGUCAGAGUUUGUCAAAAUGAUUCCAACUACUAUUCAUAUACUGAAAUUCCUAUCGAGUGCGUCAGUGAAACUACAGGGCACAAGUUUGACCUAGCUCAGGCUGCUUUCGUUGGAAAACCCGGACCUGACCUUGCCAAUAAAUUGGACGUUACGCAUCAGGAUGACGUUUUAUUUGCAGUUUUUGCCAAAGCAGAAUCAUUUGGUAGCCAAACUCCUGCACGUGAAAGCGCACUUUGCGUCUUCUCCCUGAAAGAUAUCAGAAGAAAGUUUGUGGAGAAUAUUGAGCUUUGUUUUCAAGGGAAGGGGAACAGAGGGCUGGGAUUUAUAGCGAUGAAUCAACAAUGCGUUCCAACGAAAUUGAAAAUUAUCGAGGAGGACUUUUGUGGAAUGGAUGUUAAUACUCCGCUUGGAGGCGAGAAACCAGUCAUGGCUGUUUCCGUGCUCAACUUUACUACGCUACUUACAUCCGUUGCAGCAACUUCGGCUGGAAAUUACACUGUAGUUUUCCUUGGAACGGAUGACGGUCAUCUCAAAAAAGUCGUGGUUGAAAGUGGUAAAUCUGGAUCAGAGUAUGACGACAUUGUAAUUGAUGCAAGUAGCAAAGUCAAUAGUGACAUGUUUUUCACACCACAAAAAUCUCAUAUUUAUGUCAUGACUGAGAAAAAGAUAUCAAAGGUUUUGGUACACAACUGCUCAGAGUAUUUUACUUGUAACGAGUGCGUCGAAGCUGGUGACCCAUACUGUGGAUGGUGUUCUUUACAAAAUAAGUGCACUCUAAAAAACAAUUGCCCCAAGGGACCCAAAGCGUCAGAGUUGUCCUUGUACUGGAUCUCCUACAAGAGUGGCCAGUGCACUAGAAUCACACAAGUUGUCCCAGGUCAACUCCAAAGUUCAACUGCUCGCACGUUAACAAUUAACAUUGACCAUUUGCCAACUCGAUCUGGCGCCUUCUGGUGUGUCUUCCGCUUCUUGAAUGGAAAAACGUUGAAAACUAAUGCAAGUCUGACAAGCAAUGGAGUGACCUGUUACACACCCCCUACCUCAGAACUUCCUCCUAUGCCACCAUCACAACACAACUUUACUGCGACCCUUUCCGUUCGAAUGGUUCAAGAUGGGACUUCCCCCAACGACUUUGUUGCUACGGAUUUUGUAUUUUUCGACUGUAACACAUACACAACAUGUACCUCCUGUGUGACCUCAGCCUUUCCUUGCGACUGGUGCGUGGACAAACACAGAUGUACUCAUGAUACGGCGGAGAACUGCAGAAAUGAUAUUCUGGUUACCGGACUCAAUAGAAUUGGUCCGAGUAUAAGAAGUGGUCCUGGGUUUUGUCCACGAAUUAAUGUCACAAACGGAUCUUCUGAGCUACUGGUUCCUUACGGAACGUUGAAACGUAUUCAAGUCAAAGUGGAUAAUAUUGCUCAACAAAUCAUUGUGCAAACUCGUUUCUCGUGCCGUUUCAACAUCGAAGGCCGCGUGACACCUGCUAAUGCCAAGUUGAUUGACACCACAAUUUACUGUGACUCGAUACCCUUCAACUACAAUUCACCAGCUCCAAAUAUUACAGUCCCUUUCGCAGUUGUAUGGGGUGGUGGAGAAACAAAAUCAUUGGACAACCCUGAUAAUAUUCAUAUUUUGGUAUACCGGUGCCCUGCAAUGGCCGACAAUUGUGGAAUGUGUCUUGCGAUGGAAGAGAAAUAUGGUUGUGGAUGGUGCCAAAGUUCCAAUCGUUGUCAGGUUCGGGAACAAUGUGACAAUGGGAUGGGAGUUUGGUUGAGUCGAAACCAAACGUGUCCAAAUCCGGAAAUUCGCUCCUUCCACCCAACCUCUGGACCGUGGGAAGGUGGGACGAAUGUCACCAUUGAAGGAAUCAAUCUUGGGAAAACCUUUGAUGAUAUCUACAGCGGUGUAACUGUAGCUGGUGUAUCUUGCGAACCAUAUCGGCACCUGUAUUUACAAACACGACGAAUUAUCUGUCGGCUGGAUGGACCUGGAAUAAAUGAACCUAAGGCUGGCCCCAUCAUCGUCAAGGUGGCCGACUUUAGAGCCGAAUCAAGAGCUUUAUACCAGUUUGUAGACCCCAAAAUUAAAGGAAUUAGCCCAACAAGUGGACCAUUAUUUGGAGGGACUCGUCUCACUAUUUAUGGAGAGCAUCUUAACGCCGGAAGCCAUACACAAGCAUUUGUGGACAAAGUUUCUUGUGAAAUCCUAGUUCAAGAAAGUGGUCGCAUGGAAUGUCGCACCGGUACCAGCAAGAAGAAAGGCAAAGGUCAUGUCAUAAUCAAGUUUGACCAACGGGAUAGAACUUAUGAAUCGGGUUUCACAUACGUGGAAAACCCAAUCCUGCUCCUAGAGAAAGAGAAACCAAUCCGUGGAAUACCUGCUGGAGGCAUCAAUGUCACUGUGGAAGGGAAGCAUUUCGAUGUGAUUCAAGAACCUCUAAUUUACGUAGUUUACAAUGGAACAUCAUAUGUUAGCAGUUGCAACAUUUCCAACAAUGAAACAAUGUUCUGCUUAACACCCCCAUUUUCGGAGGAGCCAAGUUUCACAGAUAUUGAGAACAGAGAUGGUUUUAUGAGGCUUCCAUACGGUUUCAUUUUCGACACCGUCAACUAUACAGAGAUGCAAGGAAUGGACGAUGAGCACAUGUUCCAACUCUUCCCAAAUCCACAAUAUGAACCUUUUGAAGAGAAAGUAAAGAAAUACAAGAGCGAUUAUUUAACCAUCAAUGGUAAAAACUUGAACUCUGCAUCCGACGAGUCCGACAUUAUUGUACUGAUUGGAACUAGUGUUUGUAAUGUAACAUCUCUAUCAAAAAAUCAGUUGACUUGUAAACCACCUUCUUCUCAGCCCCCUGAUUUAACUGAAGAGGGAAGGACGGAUUCAUCCAAACCUCCAACUGUCGUGGUGAAAGUUGGAAAGAAUUUGAGCUAUGUAAUUGGACGACUUCGUUACGACCACUUGUCGGUCCAAGAGUUUCCUCAGAAAGUGAUGUACUUGAUGGUUGCUGGAGCUUGCGUACUCAUCAUCGUGUUCAUCAUUAUACUUAUCCUUUACCGAAGAAAGUCAACGGAAAGCAACCGGGUUCUAAAAAAUAUGCAAGAACAGAUGGACGUUCUCGAGUUGCGAGUUGCUGCCGAGUGUAAAGAAGCUUUCGCCGAACUACAAACUGAGAUGACUGAUCUAACCGGAGAUGUGUCGGCUUGCGGGAUACCAUUUUUGGACUAUAGGAAUUAUUCCAUGAAAAUCCUCUUUCCUAAUGGAGAAGAUCACGGCAUUCUCAGCCACGAAAGACCAGAGCUUGUAUAUAAGACGAAAGGACUUCGCAUAUUCGGACAACUCGUUCUCAAUAAAACCUUUCUUUUGUUAUUUAUUCGUACAUUGGAAAACAAUAGAUAUUUCUCGAUGAGAGACAGGGUGAAUGUUGCAUCACUGAUAAUGGUGUCCCUGCAAGCAAAAAUGGAAUACUGUACAGACAUAUUGAAAACCCUUCUAGCAGAGUUGAUAGAAAAAUCUAUGGAGAGCAAGAACCAUCCGAAACUGCUCUUGCGCCGGACGGAAAGCGUGGCAGAAAAAAUGCUCUCCGCUUGGUUCACCUUCCUACUCUAUAAAUUUCUUAAGGAAUGUGCUGGAGAACCUCUGUACAUGUUGUACCGAGCAAUCAAACAACAAGUGGAUAAAGGACCGGUCGAUGCUAUCACAGCAGAAGCCAGAUAUUCAUUAAGCGAGGAGAAAUUAAUUCGUCAAUCAAUUGGGUAUAAACCCAUGACCAUUUUCGUAUCAAUGUCCCACCAAACUACUUACAUGACGGGGUUGGAUCUGAACCAAGAAAACACUGACGUUCCAGUUAAAGUAUUAGACUGUGACACUAUAACUCAGGUCAAAGAGAAAGCUUUGGACACCAUUUAUCGCGCAACAUUCUAUAGUCAACGACCUCGGAAGGAAGAUUUAGAUCUUGAAUGGAGAACAGGGAACAAAGGACGACUCAUUCUUUAUGAUGAAGAUAGUACAACAAAGACUGAAGGAGAGUGGAAGAAAUUGAAUACACUAAGUCAUUACAGAGUUCCGGACGCAGCGUGUCUCACUCUGGUACCUAAGCAAUCAUCAAUGUACAAUUUGUCUAUCUUGUCGGAAAGAUCAGAGAAAUCGCACAAGUAUGAGACUCUGAACCACGCCAAGUAUAAUUCUGCUAGCCCACCGCUCAGUAGAGCCACGUCACCAUUGAAUCACGACCGAGAGGGUGGUUUGAAGGUGUGGCAUUUAGUGAAACAUCAUGAUAAUGAUAACCAAAAGGAAGGAGAACGUGGAAACAAGAUGGUUUCCGAAAUUUACUUGACGCGUCUUCUUGCAACAAAGCUCACACUUCAAAAAUUCGUCGAUGACCUUUUUGAAACCAUUUUUAGCACUGCACACCGAGGUAGUGCGCUACCAUUAGCCAUCAAAUACAUGUUUGACUUUUUAGAUGAUCAAGCACUUCAACAUGGUAUCAGCGAUCCAGAAGUUGUUCACACAUGGAAGAGCAACAGUUUACCACUCCGGUUCUGGGUCAAUUUAAUUAAAAAUCCUAAUUUCGUCUUCGAUAUUCACAAGUCAAAUAUUGUUGACUCUUGUCUGUCUGUGGUGGCACAAACCUUUAUGGACGCCUGUUCAACGUCAGAGCACAGACUAGGCAAAGAUUCCCCAAGCAGCAAACUUCUCUAUGCCAAAGACAUUCCAGGUUACAAAGAGUGGGUGGAACGUUACUACGCCGACAUUAAAAGCAUGCCCUGCAUCUCUGACCAAGAUAUGAACUUAAUGCUAGCUGAAGAAUCUAGAGUGCAUUCAGUCGAGUUCAACGCGGAGAGUGCAUUGUACGAGCUAUAUAACUACGCCUCCAAGUAUAACGAUCAACUAAUGAUGACUUUAGAAGAGGAUGAAUUUUCCCAAAAGCAGAGGCUGGCGUACAAAUUAGAACAAGUACAUCACAUUAUGGUCUCUGAAGGUCACUAAAAUGUUAUACUGAAGGAAUGAAUGGUGGGGCUGCUGCUGCUGCUGCUGCUGCUGCUGCUGCCAUAUUUAUAGCCGAGGCGUCGUUUCUCUACCAAAUCCUCUAUUCAUUCAUGACUGCUGUUGUAAUUAUAUCCUGUCCUUAUUUGUUACUGUAUGCACUAUAUAAACGUGAUUUGUGUCGUUGGGAACAUGUGCAAAAAUUGCAAAUUUCCAUUUGGCUGCAUAAUGUUAUUAUUAUCUAGUAAAAAUAUAUUAAUUAAUUGUUUCUCAAGGAUUGCCGUAAAUAUGGAUUUAAUUUCCUAUAUAUGUUAUUCUUCCCAACAAAGUUAAAAAUCCAUACAUACAUAAAAUUGUAAAACGGAGGUACUAUAUUUUUUCCAUGUUUUUAUGUAAAUAUCAACAAUAUUAACUAACAUUGCUCGCGAGGGAGAAGACUUACUCGGAGGUAAAUUUAGCAAGUGUGUGUGUUUGGUGGUGUGUAAUCUUCUAAAAAAAUGAUCUAAAGAGUAUUGGAACGUAUAGUUUUCGAUAAUGCAUAAUAAUGAGGAGGAGAGUCGUAUCCAGUAAAUAUGGAUGACUGAGAUGGGUGUAAAUAUAGCAAUGACACGCAUGAUAAGAUGAUGACCACGUGUCUACAUUUUGUACAAUAAUGUAAUAUGUACUUUUAUAUGGAUUAUUAUCUCGCUUUUAUCGCAUUAUCUUUUUAUUGUUAUAUCCCAACAAGUUUCCGUUGGGCAGGUUAAGUAACGAAAAUGACCAGACGUUUUCUAUAAGUUUUAAGUAUUGCAUUUAUUUUUACUACAUCAUCCGAGUAUGAGAUAUUUAUUUCGCGUGUUAAAAAAAGAGAAAGAUAAAAGUCAGCUGAGACACCAUCAGCGGCAUUCAGCUGCAUUAAUUAAUUGUGUUAAUUACUGCUGUGUAACUGCAACUUUUGUUCGAUACCGGUUCAGGGGAGGUGACCUCUGGGCAACUAAAGACUUAUUAAUAUCUGUAACUAUUACCAGCAACUUUGUACUUCUGUAAUUCGCUUCCAUGAAGAGCUAUGUAACGUAUGUAACAACAACAAGUAUAUAAUUUGGCAGGAAUUUAGAGAAUAUAUUAUUAUAGUAGUUCGCUCGUUCAGUCAAUUUGUGUUCAUCUAUUUCGUACUUUUUUAUUGCGUCCGAUACGCUGCUAGUUGGUUGUCAAAUUUGAUUACAUGGUUGAAUAAAUUGUUUAUGAACUUA